AUGCCCGGUGUGGCGGCCCCGCCUCACCGCCCGGCCUGUGCCGUUGCAGCUCUCGUGGCCCUGUCCUUCAGCGGAGCCAUCGGGCUGACGUUCCUCAUGCUGGGCUGCGCCCUGGAGUACUACGGUGUGUACUGGCCCCUGUUUGUGUUAAUAUUUUACUUCAUCUGCCCCAUUCCUCACUUCAUUGCCAAGAGAGUGGGUGAUGACAGUGAUGCAGCCAGCAGUGCCUGCAGGGAGCUGGCCUAUUUCUUCACCACAGGAAUUGUUGUCUCUGCCUUUGGAUUUCCUAUCAUCCUUGCACGGGUGGAAGCAAUCAAAUGGGGAGCCUGUGGCCUGGUGCUGGCUGGCAAUGCAGUCAUUUUCCUUACUAUUUUAGGCUUUUUCCUUGUGUUUGGCAGAGGAGAUGACUUUAGCUGGGAGCAGUGGUAGGAGCUCACUGUGGUGCUGGUAAUUUGGAAUAUUUUACAGCUUUUUUUCCCCCCUCCUGUUCUGUGUGUAUGUACAGAUAUUAUAACGUGUGUGGUAUGUUAUAAAAUUCACGUGGCUUUACAUUAUCACGUAAUAAUUUGCUUUUUGAAAUGUACUUCAGCCAAAGGGACAGUGCUGACAGUUGGCUUUGAAGUAGUCACUAAAAUCUGGGAUUAUUAUGAAUUUAUCCUUGAAGAAGUUUACAAAACAUAAGCGGAUUUACCCAUUAAUUUUUGGUUUAAUUGCAAUGUCAUUGAGCCAUUGGUCACUAUUCCUGUUGGGUUUUUAACCAUAUAAUCAAAGAAUAAUAUAAAAAUUAUCCUCAUUGGGAUUGCUCAACUUGAUCAAUCUUUCUGCUUUAAUUGGGAUGAUUAGGUUAUUAUUUCAUUUACAUCUCAUUAAUUGUAAUGUGAGAAAAAAUUGUAAUUUUUCUUAAUGAUACAAAGCCAAACAUAAGUGAUGUCAACUUUUAUUGCCUAAUGAAAGCAAAAGAAAAGAACUCUGGUUAAAAACCCUUCCACUUAUGUUUGUUUAAAGAUAAUUUUUCUCCCCACAGAGAUAUUUUCUGUCCCUAUUCAGUUUAAAAAUUGUGCCUGUAUUUGGGGAAUAAUAUAUUUUAAUGCAUCUUAAAGCUGACAGGACUUCUGUGGAGGUUCACAAAAGGAGAAACUACCCUCAGGACACUUAAAAUCACAAUUUAGUGCUCAGCUCUGUAUUUUUAUGGGUGUGUAUUGCACCCAGAGUGUUCUGCUGGGUAGGAUUUCUUGUUUCCUCCUUGCUUUUAAAACUUCUUCAACUCCUAUUUUUUUUUAAAAUCUGGAAUAAGGUUGUUAUUACAUUAAAACACUAUAUUUUCAAAUAGCAUUAUCCUAGUAAAUGUUCACAUAAUCACACUUGAGAAAAUACAAUUUUAUUACUUUAGUUUUGUAAGAACAGAGGGAAAGGUCAGUAAUUAAUGACAUGAGCGCUCUGAAAUGGGGACAGAAAUAAUUUUGUGGUCCCCAGUCGUGGGAUAAGGCUCAAGCAGGAAUGGAAAAUGGAAUUUCAGGAAGGUUAAUUCCAUGUUUUCAAUGGAAAUUUCAGCUGUGUGGGAAGGAACAGCUGAGCUGUAUUUUAUAUUGAAGGGUUUCCAGGCUGUCUCCUGCUAAAAGAGGAGUUAACAUUAAAGGACGGGUUUUUUCUGGAUGUUAAUGCUCCAUCCAAGACAUAGCAGGACAAACUUAAAAAAUCCUGGGAAUAACAAAUUAUCUGAGUGUCUUCUUCCUGCUUUUUGAAAUCUGUUGGAACUAGGGAAAUCCCUUGUUUUAAUGAUAAAUCAGAUUUUUCAGAUUAAACAUCAUCUCCAUGUUUAAAUCCUGCUUUGUUUUUAAAGAAGAUGCCUUUUUUUUUCCUAUACAGUGGCAUUUUUCACUCAAUAAUGAGGUAAAACAGUGAAAUAAAACCUGGUCAGGUCCUGAUGAUAAAUUCUUAAUUCCAUUGCUAACAAUUCCAUUUAACUCCUCUUGGCUUGGGGUUGGAUUCUGGAAAGCUUUUACACCAUUUAUAUACCAAAGGCUGUGAAAGAAAUCCACAAAACUACUCAAUUACUGAUGGAGUUUUGGGGAGGAAAACCAACUGAGAUUGAAUUUUGCCUUAAAAUAAAUCAUUCUUUGUGGGCUCUGCUGUAGUGUGUGACAGGAACAGUGGACAAGGACAAUCUCAAGUGGCCAGGAGGAGCAGAAAAUGCUGUUUUAAAUUGCUUUUUGCCAAAUUUUCCCGUUGUACUGUAUCCCCUUUGGGCUGUGGUUGGUGGGUACCUCAUGGAGGUUGAGUGGAGAAGGUCAAUGCUUUUUUUAUUAUUAUUUUUAUUAUUUGGAGGUAGCUAAGUGCACUAAUCCCUAAUGUGAAUUUCAUGCUGUUUUCACAUGGACUUUAAUGUUUAAAAUUUUGUUGAAAUCAUGGAGAUCUCCCUUAACCUCUGUCAAGUAAAUUUACUUUGUUAUCAAAUAUGGUAAAAAAUAAUACUUCAGUGGGGUUUCUUUCUCCAGAGCUUCACUCCUGCUAAGCUCUGAUGUUCUGUACUGGGAAUUCCGUCCCAUCCCUCUGGAAUGGUUUCUCUGGAAUGGUUUUCCUGUGUGGAAGUGAAUACUGUGUAUCCAAAGUGCCUUAAAUUUCCACACAACGCUGAUUUUUGUGACUGCACCUACCUGGCAAGAUCAGUGUUCCAUAAUCAGCUGGAAAUCUGUGUUUUUUCCAAAGCUUCUUUGUCAAUUAAUGCUGUUUGCUUUCAGUGGGAAUUCAGUGCAGCUUUUGUACCUUUUGUAACCAGUUUUUAUCUCCUGUGAUUGAUUCCUUGACAUGAUGAAGUAUUCCAACACGGACAUUCAAAUAUAUUCUACUUUUCUUUCCGAGUUGCCUACUAAAACUGACUUUUGGAAUUGUCUAAUAAACAUAUCUGAUGCUUCAAAA